GAACGCAGCGCCGCGGUCUCUCCAGCCUCUGGUCCCUCGGAGCAAGCAGUGCGCCGGUGGAGCAGGUGCCUCUGGGGCCGCACGGAAACCCAGCCAGGCCAGUUCCUCCACUGCGUCGGUAGGCGGCGGAGACGCUGCGCGUGCGCGCAGGGCAGACGGUAGUGCGGAGACGACGCUCCCAGGCUCCUCCGGUCUCCCCGGGCAGCAUGAAGACCGCCGAGAACACCAGAGGAACCGGCAGCGACGGGCCGCGGAAACGAAGCCUCUGCGUCCUCUGUGGCCUCCCCGCGGCAGGAAAAUCGACUUUCGCGCGCGCCCUCGCCCACCGGCUGCGGCAGGAGCAGGGUUGGGCGGUCGGUGUUGUCGCGUAUGAUGACGUCAUGCCCGACGCGUUUCUCGCCGGGGCAAGAGCGCGACCGGCGCCAUCCCAGUGGAAAUUGCUUCGACAGGAACUGUUGAAGUACCUGGAAUACUUCUUGAUGGCUGUCAUUAAUGGGUGUCAGAUGUCUGUCCCACCCAACAGGACUGAAGCCAUGUGGGAAGAUUUUAUAACCUGCUUAAAGGAUCAAGAUCUGAUAUUUUCUGCAGCAUUUGAGGCCCAGUCUUGCUACCUCUUAACAAAAACUGCUGUUUCUAGACCUUUGUUUUUGGUUUUGGAUGACAAUUUUUAUUAUCAGAGUAUGAGAUAUGAAGUCUACCAGCUGGCUCGGAAAUAUUCGUUGGGCUUUUGCCAGCUCUUUUUAGAUUGUCCUCUUGAGACCUGUUUACAGAGGAAUGGCCAGAGGCCACAGGCACUGCCUCCUGAGACCAUCCACCUGAUGGGAAGAAAGCUAGAAAAACCCAACCCUGAGAAAAAUGCUUGGGAACACAACAGCCUCACAAUUCCGAGUCCAGCAUGUGCUUCGGAGGCCAGCCUGGAGGUGACUGAUUUAUUGCUCACUGCUUUGGAAAAUCCAGUAAAAUAUGCUGAGGACGAUAUGGAACAAAAGGACACAGACAGAAUUAUUUGUUCAACUAACAUCCUUCAUAAAACUGAUCAGACACUCCGAAGGAUUGUAUCUCAGACAAUGAAGGAAGCAAAAGGUAAUCAGGAAGGCUUCUCAGAGAUGACAUUUAAGCAAAGAUGGGUAAGAGCGAACCAUGCAGCUAUCUGGAGGAUCAUUCUAGGCAAUGAACACAUCAAGUGCAGAAGCCCAAAGGUUGGCUGGUUGCAGUGUUGCAGAAUCGAGAAGAGGCCAUUGAGCAUGGGGUGAGGUAAGAAAGGGGGAAAGGUAGUCAGGGGCCAGGUGUAAGAUCAGCAUGGAAUUUGAGUACAGUCAAUGUAUUAUAAAUCUGAAUUUACAUAAUAGAUGAAAUAUGUGGUAACGAGAGUUUUACACAGUAAUUCCAUUAGGUUUUGAAUACUGUAUUGCUAUAUUUAAAAUUGUACCUUUAAAAACCAGCAAUGAACAUUUUUUGAGCACCUUUCUAUACGUUAAGCGCUUUACAAAUACUGUUUCUAAUCUUCACAGUCCUAUAAGGUAGGUGUAAUUUUACAAAUGGGGAAAUGGAGGUUCAUAGAGGAACAAGUAACUUGUCCAAGGCUGAACAGCUACUAAAUAUUUGGGUAACCUGGGGUCCAGAAUUACAUCCAGUUCCAGUCUGUGCUUCCCAUUCUGCUCCCCUGCAUCACCAUCAUUUAUUACCUUUACAAAAGCUUAGAACAUUGGAAAAGGAAACAAUAUACCAGCCAUACUGUUUUUGAAUUUGUAUAGAACUAUAAUCUACCAGUUGAUUUUAUAUUGUAACCCAGGGUAUAACCCAGUACACGAACUCAUGUGUGGAAACAAGUUUCACAAAACACCUUCACAUGUUUAAUGAACUCUGUGUUCUACUUGAUUUCAUUUUAGAAAAAUACCGAUUGCCACUUAUUAAUGGGUAACAUUAAUAAGUUUGAGAAACAGAGGACCGGAACAGAAAUGGCAUCAUAAAUAAAAUAGACAAAAAAUAGUUCCAGGAGUUCUCACUCAACCAUUUGCCUUUCUUCUUUUCUGUCUAUAAAAUGAAGCAAGGUCCUGGGGGAUUGUGGGGGGCAGGGUUAUGCCCAAAUCACUCUUAUAUCCCACCUAUUUAAAAACAUACAGAUAGAGAGCCAUAUAUAUAUACAUAUAUAUAUAUAUUUUUUGGGGGGUCAGGGGAGGUAGUAGUAGUUUUUAAUUUGUGCUUAAUUAAAAAUUCAGUUCCUCUACCAUCAGGAAAGUGAAAAGACAACCCAUAGAUGGGAAAAAGUAUUUGCAGACAUAUAUCUCUUAAGGGACUUGUAUCCAAAAUAUAUAAAGAACUCUUACCACUCAAUAAUAAACACAACCCAAUUUUUAAAAGGGCAAAGGAUCUGAGUAGACAUGCUCAACAUGAUUAGUCAUUGGGGAAAUACAAAUCAAAACCAUAAGAUAGCACUUCACACCCACUAGGAGGUCUAGAAUUAAAACGUCCAAGUGUUGAGGAUGUGUAGAAAUGUUAGGAAUGUCAGAUGAUACAGCUGCUUUGGAAAACAGCUAGCAGUCCCUCAAACAUACCGUUAGCACGUGACCCAACAGUUCCAUUCUCAGGUGUAUACCCAAGAGAGAUGAAAACAUGUUCACAUAAAAACUUGUACAUGUAUGUUAAUGGAAGCAUUAUUCCUAAUAGCCAAAAUAUGAAAAUAACCCACAUGUCCGUCAGCUGACCAACAAAAUUUGGUGUAUCCAUACAACAAAAUAUUAUUCAGCCAUAAAAAGGAAUGAAAUGCUGAUAUAUGCUAUACAAUGUGGAAUAACCUUGAAAACAUGAUGCAAAGUGCAAGAAGUCAGUCCCAAAGACCAAGU